AUGGCUCCAGGUGCCGGGCCAAACGGCACUGCCAAUGGCGUCAAUGGCAGCGCUGCCGACAACCUCUCCGCGAACGACAACAUCCAGAGAUUCGCUGCACCAAGCAGGCCUCUCAGCCCACAGCCAUCACACGCCCUGUUCCACCCAAAGACAAGAUGUUUCGUUUACGGUAUGCAGACCAAGGCUGUGCAGGGAAUGCUUGACUUCGAUUUCAUCUGCAAGCGCAAAACGCCCUCCGUCGCAGGUAUCAUCUACACCUUCGGCGGCCAGUUCGUGAGCAAGAUGUACUGGGGUACCUCCGAGACUCUUCUCCCAGUCUACCAAUCAGUAGAUUCCGCCAUGGCCAAGCACAACGACGUUGACGUAGUUGUCAACUUCGCAUCCUCCCGAUCCGUCUACAGCUCCACCAUGGAGCUCAUGGAGUACCCACAGAUCAAGGCUAUUGCCAUCAUCGCAGAGGGUGUCCCAGAGAGGCGCGCACGUGAGAUCCUCCAUGUCGCCAAGAAGAAGGGCGUCACCAUCAUUGGCCCAGCCACGGUUGGUGGCAUCAAGCCAGGUGCUUUCAAGAUUGGUAACACUGGUGGUAUGAUGGACAACAUUGUGGCAUCCAAGCUCUACCGCAAGGGUUCCGUCGGCUACGUCUCCAAGUCUGGAGGUAUGUCCAACGAGCUGAACAACAUCAUUGCUCAGAACACCGAUGGUGUCUACGAGGGUGUUGCCAUCGGCGGUGACAGAUACCCGGGAACCACUUUCAUCGAUCACAUGCUCAGAUACCAAGCCGACCCAGAGUGCAAGAUUCUUGUGCUGCUCGGUGAGGUUGGUGGAGUUGAAGAGUACCGUGUGAUCGAGGCUGUCAAGGCCGGCAUAAUCACCAAGCCAAUCGUUGCAUGGGCCAUCGGAACAGUCGCCAGCAUGCUCAAGACUGAAGUCCAGUUCGGUCACGCUGGUUCGCUCGCCAACUCUCAGCUCGAGACUGCUGCUGUGAAGAACAAGUCUAUGCGCGACGCUGGUUUCUUCGUGCCAGAGACAUUCGAGGAGCUGCCAGGCAUGCUCUCCCAGGUCUACCAGAAGCUUGUCAGUGUGGGUCACAUCAAGCCAGCUGCAGAGCCAGCUGUUCCAAAGAUCCCGAUCGAUUACUCCUGGGCCCAGGAGCUUGGUCUCAUCCGUAAGCCAGCAGCCUUCAUUUCGACCAUCUCCGACGACCGUGGCCAAGAGCUUCUCUACGCCGGUCUGCCCAUCUCAGAUGUCUUCAGAGAGGACAUUGGCAUUGGUGGUGUCAUGUCGCUGCUGUGGUUCCGACGAAGACUGCCCGAGCACGCCAGCAAGUUCCUGGAGAUGGUCCUCAUGCUUACUGCGGACCACGGUCCAGCUGUGUCUGGUGCCAUGAACACCAUCAUUACUACCCGUGCCGGAAAGGACUUGAUCUCUGCGCUGGUCGCUGGUCUCCUCACAAUUGGUUCCCGUUUCGGUGGUGCUCUUGACGGUGCUGCUGAGGAGUUUACUCGCGCUUUCGACAAGGGUCUUUCGCCACGUGAAUUCGUCGACACCAUGAGGAAGGAGAACAAGCUCAUCCCUGGUAUUGGUCACCGUGUCAAGUCGCGAAACAACCCAGAUCUCCGUGUAUCCCUCGUCAAGGAGUACGUCCAGGCGAGGUUCCCAAGCCACAAGCUCCUCGACUACGCGCUCGCCGUCGAAACCGUCACCACCUCCAAGAAGGACAACCUGAUCCUCAACGUCGAUGGUUGCGUUGCCGUCUGCUUCGUCGAUCUCCUCCGCAACUCCGGCGCAUUCUCACCAGAAGAGGCGGAAGACUACCUCAAGAUGGGUGUGCUCAACGGUCUCUUCGUCCUUGGUCGUUCGAUUGGUCUUAUUGCCCAUUUCCUCGACCAGAAGAGACUGCGCACUGGUCUGUACAGACAUCCUUGGGACGAUAUCACCUACCUUCUCCCAGAGUUGGGCAAGGGUGCGCCGGGUAACGAGGGCCGUGUCGAGGUCAGCGUCGGCUAG